UGAGUGCUUAAAGCCACGGGCGGACGCUCGCUUGAGUUGCGUACAGAACCAAUGACUCACCACCAAACAACAACAACAACAACAACGUCAACAACUGAUUCUUCGUGCUCCCGAGCUGUUGAGCAUCUGUUUACGGUACUUCACAGGCAGAAACUCUGCGCAAAUCAAGACUCUGCGUAACUCAAAACUUCGUGCAACUCAAGACUCGGGUAUCAGCAACCAACCACUCGGCAACCACUCGGCAACCAUGGCAAAGUCCCUAGUCACCCUGAUCCCCUGGGACCCCGAGUCCCCCGACCACGUCGCGCGGAUUCUCGACCAGAGGGUGGAGUGCGGCUGGGACUCGGACCAGGUCGACAAGUGGCGGGGUCUGCAGCGGUCGGGCUUCAAGUGCAUGUACUGGAUCGCUUUCGCAAGUGAGGACCCGGACCGUGAUGCAAAAAUCGCAAAGCACAUCUCCGAAUAUCCAAAGGAGAGGCAGCCGAUCCUCGACACCGCGCAGUCCAUCCGCGGCGUCUUCAGGACACCGAGGGAGACACCCUUCCACCCCGUCGGCCACAUCUCGCUCGACAUCGACAACCCGCACGCCAAGCGCCUCAACCUGCCGAUCCCCAAGGAGAACGUGUACUGGAUCAAGAGCCUCUAUGUCUCCUUUGCGCUGCAGAGCGCCGGCAUCGGGCGGGCCGCCAUGGACAUGGUCGAGAGCAUGGCCACGAGCGAGCCGCUCUGCGCGAGGACUCUGAUGCUCGACACCGUCUCCAAGGAAGACCAGCUGAGAAAGGAGUCGGCGGUCGUGGCUGCGGGGAAGCUGCCUGUGACGCCUACGCACGCGUGGUACGAGAGGAGGGGAUACAGGCUCAUCUGGACGGAGAAUAACUUCUACGGCUUCCCGGAGACGGACGGGGACGGCAACCCGGUCAUCAGAAGGACCGUAUUUCUGCGCAGAGAUCUCGUCUAAGCUGUAGUUGAACAACAGGGUAAGAAAGACAAGGGCAAAAAAGAAAUUAAAAAAUUUAAUGACAAAA